AACUACAGAUAUAGAGAGAGGAGCGAUUGCAUUAGUAGUUGUUUGGUUUGGUGUUGUGGUGGAGGAGGAAUACACGAAGCAAUAUAUAGGCAAUGAAAUGAGGCGUUUUGACUGGCCUUUUCGGAUCUGAUCGAAUCCAAACCCUAAUCUAAUCCCACAAGCCUAUUAGUCUCAUUCAAUCGAAGAAGCGAGCGAGACUGUGUCUCUCUCCCAGGCCAUGCGACCACCCUGUUCCUCCGCCAUCGCCCUCUCCAUUGAGGAUUCUUUUUUCGUUUUCGUCGCUUUCUCCGUCGAUUCCACCAGCCAUGACUGCUGACACCCACGCCGCUCCUAAUAUCAAUCCCAAGGGCCUCCUCUGCAAUGCCGCCGCCGGUGCUUCCGCUGGGGUUAUUGCUGCUACAUUUGUGUGUCCUCUUGAUGUCAUCAAAACUAGGUUUCAGGUUCACGGUGUCCCGCAGCUCGCGCAUGGAAGUGUUAAAGGAAGCAUAAUAGUUGCUAGUUUGGAACAAAUAUUUCACAAGGAGGGGUUACGUGGCAUGUACCGUGGGCUCGCGCCCACUGUGCUGGCUUUGCUUCCAAAUUGGGCGGUUUAUUUUAGUGCAUAUGAGCAGCUUAAGAGCCUUCUUCAUUCCGAUGAUAGCCAUCAUCUUCCCAUUGGAGCUAAUGUGAUAGCUGCUUCUGGUGCUGGAGCUGCAACUACCAUGUUUACAAAUCCCCUUUGGGUUGUCAAGACCAGACUCCAAACCCAGGGAAUAAGACCUGGUGUUGUGCCAUAUAGGGGCACACUAUCUGCAUUGAGGAGAAUUGCUCAUGAGGAGGGCAUUCGAGGGCUGUACAGUGGCCUUGUACCUGCUCUGGCUGGUAUCAGUCAUGUUGCCAUUCAAUUUCCUACUUAUGAGACAAUAAAAUUUUAUUUGGCAAAUCAAGAUGACGCAGCAAUGGAUAAACUUGGUGCACGUGAUGUUGCAAUUGCAUCAUCAGUUUCUAAAAUUUUUGCAUCCACAUUGACAUAUCCUCACGAGGUUGUACGUUCCAGAUUGCAAGAACAAGGGCAUCAUUCGGAGAAACGGUACUCUGGUGUGAUUGAUUGUAUUAGAAAGGUUUUUCAACAAGAAGGUGUACAGGGUUUUUACCGAGGUUGUGCCACCAACCUUCUGAGGACAACACCAGCUGCUGUGAUCACAUUCACCAGCUUUGAAAUGAUACACCGAUUUCUUGUUUCCCUUUUUCCUUCUGAUCCACGGCCUCAUAUUUUGUGACGAUUGAUCUUGGUGGUCAUCUGUCUUCUGUAGCAGUUAGAUUCCAAAAAAAUAUGUUGUUUGCAGGUUGUACGUUCCAGAUUGCAAGAACAAGGGCAUCAUUCGGAGAAACGGUACUCUGGUGUGAUUGAUUGUAUUAGAAAGGUUUUUCAACAAGGUGUACAGGGUUUUUACCGAGGUUGUGCCACCAACCUUCUGAGGACAACACCAGCUGCUGUGAUCACAUUCACCAGCUUUGAAAUGAUACACCGAUUUCUUGUUUCCCUUUUUCCUUCUGAUCCAUUUUGUGACGAUUGAUCUUGGUGGUCAUCUGUCUUCUGUAGCAGUUAGAUUCCAAUUCAUAAGCUAGUCCAGCUGAGUAAUCCUUCUCUUGGCGAUGCAGAUAUCAUUCUUUGUGACUUAGUUGUUUAUGUAUGGUAGAUCCCCAUUAUAUUCCAACCUAGCAACCUCAACUGAGCCUGGUUUCCCUGGUCAAACUUGUAAAUUUGAGUGAUAACAACGAUGAAGAUGAUAAAGUGAUAUGAGAUGUCCUUUGCUUGCUUAUUUUAUUUUGAAACUGCUGAAUCCUGUAAAACAUCCAGCACGAUCUGGAUUUGCUGUAUUGAUGAGAAUCAUGCAAUCAGCGAAUCUAAAUUGUUAUACGAAGAUAAGACAGUUUAUAUUUUAUCUUGAGAAAUUGGACAUGAAAAACACAUUUAAGA